GAAAUUGCAGCUGCAGAGAUAAGAAAAGAAAAGAAGAGUUGUUCCAUUGUGUGGAGAGGUCACUUCCUGCUUACUUGGACUGCCAGGGUGAAACAGGUGCAAAACGCCAGCACUCUGUCGUCUACAACUUCAUUAACAUCUAUCUACAACUCCACUAGCAUCUCUCG